AUGGCGCAAAUAUGGUUUGGCUAUAGCCAAGACUGCCAGAGAUUACGUCGCGUGAAUCGAAUACCGUUAACAAUCGGCGUCUUCUUGCCAUAUCAAUAUAAACGAGUAUUGGAGCCUGCUGUUAACAUAGCCCUGGAACACAUCCACAAUCAGUCCUGCAUCCUGAACGACUACUAUUUGAAAUUGCAUUUCAAGGAUACCGAGUGCAAAACAUCGUUCGGAAUGAAAGCAUUGUUCGAGCUAAUGAAUGCACGUCCGCGACCAUUUGCGCUUUUUGGUGAUGCAUGCACGAAUGUCAACGAAGUUGUCGCUAUGGCAUCUAAGUAUUGGCAUAUUUUACAUUUGUCGUAUGCAGAAAUACACGCAAAAUUUGCCACAGCAGAUGCUCAGGCGAUGUAUCCAACGUUUUUUCGAAUGGUACCAGGAUAUCAGAAUUCUAAUUUAGCACGAUGUCAUCUAAUUUUUCAAUUUAAUUGGACACGUGUUGGUACACUAAAACAAAGCGAUGAUCCACGUUUCGCACUUCCACAUGAAUCAUUAACAACGCGACUAGAGCAUGGAUUUGGUAUCCGAGUGAUAUAUACUGCUGGAAUCACACAUGAUGAAAUUCAAAAUAUCGGUUAUGAACUUAAUGAAUUGAAGAAACGUGACGCACGAAUUCUCAUCGGUGAUUUUGAAGAAUCAUUAGCCGUGCGAAUAUUAUGUGAAGCUUACCAAAAUGGUAUCUAUGGUGAAAAUUAUGCAUGGAUAUUACCUGGUUAUCAUAAAAGUGAUUGGUGGCGUAAUGCAUCCGGAGUCAGCUGUACAGUAGAAGAACUGGCAAAGGUAAUCGAAGGUCACUUUGCGGUUGAAUUUUCACCCUACUCACAAAGGCUUGCUCGACUUACCAUUGCCAAUAAAACGGUAUCGGCAAUUCGAACGGAACUUGAUGAUAGACAAGGAUCAUCACCGGAAAGUGUUUUCAAAGGAUACGUGUACGAUGGCCUCUGGACACUUUCUUUAGCUAUUGAACACGUAGCACAACUUCAUCAACAACGUGAUGGAAUCACUUGGAUACCAAACGUGAGCGAUACAGAGGAUUGGACUAAACUUAGUGCCGAAUUACUUCAAGCUAUCAGCAGCACUUCAUUUAUUGGUGUCACUGGACCAGUUCGAUUUGAAAAUAACGAACGACUUGGAUUAGUUGAAAUUUUGCAAUGGCGAAAUGGUUCGUACAUGAUUGCUGGCAUAUAUGAUGGUACAGAAGCUGUCCUAACACUCAAUCCUGCUCUUCGAGAUUGGACACCACCGUUAGAUGCAACAGUUGUUGUGCGUGAACGACAAUAUAUAUCAUUCGUGUUAUUCAUCUUCUUAUCAUUACUUGCUAUUAUCGGUGUAGCAAUUGCAGUUUUCUUUCUCAUCAUUAAUAUCAGAUAUCAAAAUCAUCGAUAUAUCAAGAUGUCAUCACCAAAUAUGAACAAUCUAAUCAUAGCAGGUUCCAUUUGCACUUAUAUCAGCGUAAUUCUACUUGGCUUCGAUACACGUUUCGUUUCACCGGACACUUUUGUUACACUUUGUUACGUAAAAACAUGGGUACUAAGCCUUGGUUUUACACUAGCUUUCGGAUCAAUGUUCUCAAAGACUUGGCGAGUUCAUUUGAUUUUCAAAAAUAUUCGUAUGAACAAGAAAGCAAUUAAAGAUUAUAAAUUAUUCAUGUUGGUCGGCUUCAUUGUUCUCGUUGAUUUGGUUUCAUUAGCCUUAUGGGCUCGUAUUUCACCUUUCACAUUUCAUGUCAACCAGUUAGCUAUAUUUUAUUCAGAUAACAAGAUGAUAGCACCAGAAAUCGAGCGUUGUAGAAGUGAUAAUAGCGUCAUUUUUGAAGCUAUCAUAUUGGGUAUUAAAGGCCUUCUUAUGUUACUUGGCUGUUUUCUGGCGUGGGAAACGAGACGUGUAAAUGUACCAGCAUUAAACGACAGUAAAUAUAUAGGAAUGUCUGUUUAUAGUGUUGUCGUAACAUGCUUACUUGGUCUUCCGCUUGUGUACAUAUUGAAGGAUCAAGUAAAUGAAGCGCAUAUACUGGGAAGUCUUUUUAUUAUAUUUUGUACAACUUUGAUUCUUUGCCUUGUUUUUGUUCCAAAGAUUGUGGAACUUCUACGAAAUCCUCAAGGCACUGAGUUACGUUAUCGACGUGGUCUAGUAAAAUCUACUCUUGGACGAUCAGAAUCACAGCAAACUUCACAACACAAUGACGCAACAAAUAUCUUUAGGCGAGAGCACUUACAACGUUUGGAAGAAGAGAAUAUAUUAUUACAUCGAUAUUUACUUCAGAAGACUAGUAUAUUAUGGGAAUUGCAAGAGCAGUUGAGACAACUUGGAGAGCUAGAGGACGACGAUACAAUUACGUCACCAAGUGAAUAG